UAUACUCAGUCAGGCAGGCGUCAGGCUUUGGCGUCCAGCGGAGCGCCAUCGCUAGGCCCUCCUCACAUGCAGCAAGUCGAGAGAUCAAAGCAAUGCUGCAAGAAGAGGCAGGUUGCAAAAAUCAUCCGGCUUUCAUCCCAGCAGCAUUCAGUUUUGAAUGUGCAUCAUCCGGAAUUCCGGACGUUCCCAUUUCGUCCCCUGCAGCGCCAACUCCACCUUCAGCAUCUUCCCCCUCCUCGCCUGCAUCGCCCCAACUCCACCAAGCCCAUCCAUGUCGGUUCCUUCAGCCGGCACUCACGGGCCAACUCUCCGCAUCGAUCCGCUUGCAGUCACCGACAAUGUUAACGCCAUCUUCCACGGUUCCACCGCCGGCGCCGCCACAGGUCGUGUGAUAGCCGCACCUCGACCGAAGAUCUCCGUCCCAGGUGACGCCUCCGCUAGUGGCUGCCCCGGCUGAAGCACCGCCCGUACGUGUUGCCUCCAGCGACGCCUUUGUCAUGUGCACCACGGCUUGCUUGCUGUGUCUGCCCACCAGAUGUUCGAUAGAAUGCUCGCGACGGGAUUUGGAAAUCUUAAGUGAUCCUUGUCAGUAGUUAGAGGUGGUGAAAUGAUUUUUUUUUCUUUAAAUUAUGGAACAUUUUGGAAAGGGAGACUUGCAUCGAUGGGAAAUCUCCAUGCCCAAACUCGCAUGCAGAGGAUAUGUUCCUUAAAAAAGAACUCACAGAAGGAGUACGUUAGUGGUUAUUAUUAUGUUUUGGAAGAAGGCUAUAGCCUUUUCGAGUUCCUGGGAGUUAAUACCACCAUCAAGCCUGCAUGCAACGCACGCUUAAAUUUUUUGACAACCUUUCGGCUGCAGCAUCCCUUCAUAAAUAGCCAUUGCUUCUGGGUUGGAGUGCGUUGUUGUUUCAGUUCAAUCCCUUGCAGCAGCUGGUGGAGUACAAGCACAACGUGUAGUAAGCUGCUGCUACUUCUUCUUCUUCUCUCGCUUGAUAUGUGUGGGUAAAAGAGGAUCAUGUGUCCUUUUGUAUUUCUGAGUACACCUGCCGACCUACAGCAGGCAUAUCUCUUCCAUUUAGAUGAGACUCAUAUUUCUUUGUACAUGUAAGGCUCCGGUCGAGAUGAGCAAUCCUUGCGAGUGCUGCAAGAGUAAGGUCAUACCAGAGUGGAUCGUGAACCAUUUUGGAGGUAAGAUCUCAGGAACCAUCAAACUAGAAGCCCCUAAUGGUCAGAUACAUGAUGUUGGAGUUGCCAAAGAGAUGAACAGAACAGUCCUCCAGUCUGGAUGGGAGGCAUUUGUUGAUGUCAAUCAGAUACAAGAGAACUUCUCCUUGAUGUUUCGAUGGAUUGGAAGGUCCUGCCUUAAGGUUACCAUAUUUGAUGCCAAUGGUGAGGAGAGAAUCUCGUGCUGCGCGGGGAUGAAACAUCCUACUUAUGUUGAAAAAGCAAGCACCAAUUGUGCUGAUAUUUCAAGCAAUUCCCAUGACGGUACUGCUCAGUCUUCAGAUUCAGAUGGACACUGCAGAGAACAAGGAAACAAGCCUGCAGUAGAAUCUUCUUGCGAUGAAUUUUCAGAUUAUAGUCCCUCUGAAAGCGAGUCUAUGGAGUCGGAUGAUCUUCGGCUCUCAAAGGAUUAUGUCUUGUCAGGGCGAUGCUAUCUCACAGAAGAACAGGAGGAUGAAAUCAAUGCGUUUGUCCGCAAAAUUAAACCAGAAAUUCCUUUGCUUGUAGUAAUGAUGAAGAAGACCCCUAUGCUGGCAAUAACUAAGGAUUAUGCACGUGCAUACUUUCCACACAAAAAUCAAUCUGUCACACUCAAGCUGCCUGAGAACAGCAAGAAUUGGAGAUGCAGAUUCUGCGUCAGACCUGGUGGAAGGGGACACCAUCUUUAUUUGUCUAAAUUUGUCCAUGACAAUCUUCUUCGGGAGGGAGAUCUCUGCCUCUUCCAGCCAAUGACAGGGGUUAAGGCUACAAAGUUCACAUUUAUGUUCCAUCUACUUGGCAGAGCUGGAAAAGCUGAUAUUGACUCAAACCACGGUUCCUUCAAAAAGAAAAAGAAAUUCUUGACAGAUCACCAGGAGACUUCCUCCAAGAUUCAUUAUAUCUUGUCCGGCAGGUGCCAACUCGAUAAAGAAGAUGAGGUGGGAAUAGAAGCUCUUAUUGCAGAACUUCAACCUGAAAUUCCUUUGCUUGUGGUUCGAAUGUUGAAGAGCAGUGUCAACGGACCACACGCUUGUCUGGUCAUUUCUAAGGGUUAUGCAACCGCGCAUUUUCCUAGUGAAAGCCAAACCAUCACACUUCAACUCCCAGGAGGGAAGAAGAAGUGGCAUCCCCGAUUCUACAUCAGACGAGGCAACUCUGCAUAUGUCCUUUAUGGGCAGUGGAUAGACUUUGCCCGUGACAAUCGUUUAUGCAAGGAGGAUCUCUGCCUCCUCCAACCAAUCAUCAAGGGCAAGGGGAGAAGAUUCACAGUGAUGGUCCAUCUGCUUCCCAAAGCAAGAAGCACUAGUAGAUCCAAGGGAAGAGAUGGUGUUCUUGGGUUAAAUAGUGGUGGAACAGAAACAUCGGAUGAUUCUAAUAUAUCAGGAUACGUGCUACUAGGCAGCAGCGCCCGUUUAACGUCUGCGCAGGAGAGCAUAGUGGCGGAGAAGGUGAAGUCCAUCCAAUCUCAAGCGCCCAUUUAUGUGGCAGCCAUAGACAAGAGCAAUUAUUCUAAUUCCCUAGAUUUCGGCACCAAAGGACAUGCUGAUAGACAUCUUCCUGACGGGAAGGAAAAGGUGGCACUCUGUCAAGCCGGAUGGAACAAGGAAUGGCGUGUCAAGAUGCACAACAAGCGGAUGCUGCCCGGAGGAGGGUGGCGUGAGUUCACCAUCGACAACCGCCUGCAGGACGGAGAUCUCUGUCUGUUCGAACUGCUGAAGAUUGAAGGUCUUGCCAUGGCAGUCCAUAUCAUCCGCACCGAGCAGUACAGUUAGCUUCAGUGAGGCACUGCAGGUCGGUGACCUGAUGAUGGAUAAAACCCUUUUUCUGGUCCUAUUUUGGUGAUGACUCUGUAUUUCUGUCAUAAGGGAGUGGAAAUCAUGCAUGGGUGUGGCUCAUCUCCCAUGCAGUGAUGCAGUAAAACAGUUCUAGCAGGUCUGGCUGUCCUCUUGCUUGCAAUUAAGAACCUUAGUCAUAGGUUGGUUGUGUGAUGGGAGUAUCAGCUUAGCUAGCUACCUUUAUGACUUCUAUUGCGUUGUUCAAGUUUCACAAAUGUAUGAAUGCUCUUCUUUGGGUUGAUGCAGGCGAUUAUAUUGACAUUUAUCAA